AUGUCUGCCAUCAGCAAGCAAAAGAACAUCAACACCAUGUACAAGUCGAAAGUGUCGCCCUCUCGCCGCCUGAAGAACCUGCUGAAGCCCCUUCUCGGUCAAUUCUUCAACACGAAGAAGGAGCAGCCCAAGCGGAGCUCCUACAUCGCCUCCGAGGAGAAGGAGGCCGAGUUCGAGUGGCUCAGCAACGAUAUGGACAACAUGGCCAACGAGCAUCUGGAGCAUCGCCUCAUCGAGGAGAUCCGCCAGUGCGCCAAGGAAGACGCCGUCAUCGUUUACAACGAGAACGGAUCUGGGGAGCUCCACACCAUCGACCAGGAGGACUACUACGUGCCCGUGCAUUUCGCCCGCACCAAUGCCGGCACCUUCUUCUGGACCUCGGUGCAACCCAAAGCCUGCGAGCCCUACGCCAUCGAAUGGAACUUCCUGGACCGUUGGGCUCAAGCUUGA